AUGAAAUCAGUCGAUACAUCCAGACCUUCCGGUUCUACCUUGAGCCUUCAAACGAGGACCUGCAACUCGGCACCGAAUCUACGAAGACGGAAGUACGGCUUACGGAAAUCUGUUCCAGCUGCAAUAGUGCUCUGGGCGUUUCACAAGAUCCCUGCGAAAGAAGGGCUAACAGCGCAGCGUUUGAUAAGUUUCCUAAAAAAGCACUAUAAAAUGGAUUACUCGACAAAAGGGAGUAAAUCACUGACGACCAUUUUAAGAUGUGCUGUUGAAUUUGGUUUGUUGCAUAAACGUGGAAACCGGUACUUCCUAACACACAGCGAAUCAUAG